AGUCAUUGUUAGAAUCAUCAUUAGAAUUAUUGUUAGAGUUGUCAUUAGAAUUUUUGUUAAAGUAUUGUUGGUAUUGUUGUUGUAUUGUUGUUAGAAUCUUUAUUGAAAUUGUUAUUGGAGCUGUUAUUGAA